AUGGCCCGCGAAAAGCGAGUAUCACACCAGGCCAUAAUGAUCAACACAGCCCCAGCAUGCAGGGCUGCAUACAUGCAGCGUGUGCUGGACUGGGAGACUGCAUGGAUUGCAAACCAGCACCAGCAUCUCAGAGAGAGCCAUGCAGCGUGGAAAAGCUGUAACCCUCAGCUAUGUGCACAGAGAGUGAAUCAUCACAAUGAUAUUAAGACAAUGACUCAUCACAGCUGUGUUACUCUCACUGUGAGAGAUACACAGUUGAUGAUGAACAUUGCAAAGACUCUGAAGAGUGAGUAUUUUGAGAGUACUGCAGCUCUGUGA